AUGGAAUUGGUGCAGGGAUUUCCCCUUUUCCGGCAGCAGCUGGCGGCGCUGAUCCGGAAGAAUAUGACGCUGACAUGGAGGAGCAAGAGGUCGGCCUUCGUGAAGAUCUUCUCCUCCAUCAUCUUCAUCUUCAUCAUCUUCCUCGUCGAUAAGGCCACCCGGUCGCGCCUCUCCAACACCACGUCUUUCGACAACGUUUUCGAUCCCAAGACCGUGGUCGAUCCCCCGAUCCCGCCCUGUGAGCAGAAGUUCUACGUGAAGCGCCCCUGCUAUGACUUCGUCUGGAGCGGCAACGAGAGCGCCCGCAUCACGCAGAUAGUCGACGCUAUCAAGAAGAAUAAUCCAGGGAGGCCGAUCCCCGAUGACAAGGUUCGUGCUCACUCCGUCUUACAUUUUGCUGCUUAAUUUUCUACCUUCUGAACAUUUCUCUCUUCUAUUCGUGAUUCACGGGACUGAGAAAAGGGUGGCGGAGAUUUUCUGCAUCCUGUGGAAUCAUUUUGUAAAUGGAGACCUUGUCAUGUUAGUUUGGAUGGGGACUGGUAGGGUAGGCAUGGAUGAUUUACCUGUUCUAACGAGGGGCUUUUUGACGGCGACAGUACGGUAAAUUACUCUUAAAUUUUCGUUCUUCCGAGUGCUUUUACGGAAAUGGCCUAUUCCUGUUCCCACGUCCACGGUUUCUUCCUUGGGGACGGGCGAUGAUAAAAACUUUUGCCGUCGAGGUAGGAGGGACAGCAGCAGGAAUAAAGGAUGUGUUCUGGGAUGGGGAGAGGAUAUUGCUUUACAUUAUGCUUGGAGCAGGGCGGUGAUAAAGUGCUUCCAAAAAGAAUAAGCCUUGAACAAGUACCGAGUGCAUGAAUCUGUCAUCCAAUAUGUGUUAUAUUUGAACCGGUAGCCUCAGAUUGCCAUCAAAUCGAUCAUCAUAUAAUGAAAUAUAGCCCAGCUUGGUUAGAACAGAUGGAAAUUGACAGAUACAGAGGACGAACACCGUUGAUACAUUUCUCUUUAGGGAUUCGUUCCGAAGAGGAUUUUAUCCCGUUUGACCCGCGUGGACGUUGAAUCUGUGAAGGGGAGAAUUUAUAUUCACAUUUUCAGUAUAAUAUUCAGAAUAUGAAGUUCAUAUUGACGUUGUUUUUUUCUUAAAUAUAUCGACAGUUUUAUGGAUUCUUUUGAGCUGGGAAUAUUUGCUGAUUUAAGUGAUCGAAGGAAUUCCCUUUUAAUAUUUAAAUAAUGUCAAAAUGUGGGGCGUAAUAAAUUCAAUUCAUGAAAAAAAUAGAAUAUUCCAAUUGUUACAGAGUAUGCUUAUCCAUUAAUGUGAUGAGUCAAACGGGGUCGUAUGAAUUGUUGAAUGUACUUCCAUGUAGUUUCAGUGUUUUAAUCAGCAUAUCUUUUUCACGUAUUUUUUUUGGGAAUAGUUAUAAACCGUUAGUCUGUUCCUUGUUUUUAUAAGAUGUUUUUUGGGUGAAACUGUGUACUUUUAAUUUAAAUAUACAGAGAUAUGUUUUGAUUUUUCAUGCUGUCCAUUUAUAGUGAAGAAAGGUUUUUCAGAAAUGAUUCAAUAAAAGUUGAAUAGAUAAGGGAUGUGCAGCUGAUUGUUGUAAAGUUGCUAUAUAUGGUUGCCUUUAAUCGUAAGCGGCUGAAAAAGAAGCCAUUACUCUGUGACUUGCACAGGUGGUUGCAUUUAGUACUCCUGAGGAUGUGGACGCCUUUCUUCGAGAUAAACCGAUGUACUGCCCUGGAGCUCUGCAUUUUGUCGAGAGAAGCUCAAAAGUCAUAAGUUACGGAAUUCAAACUAACUCCACUCCUUUGGCUAAGAGAGGGAAUUUUGAGGACCCAACUUUCAAGUUUCAAAUUCCGCUUCAGAUUGCUGCAGAGCGUGAGAUUGCAAGGUCUAUCAUUGGAGGUAAGAUUUUUUACUAUUUCAUCCGAUCUUCGUUAUUUUGGCUAAAUCAAAAGAAACCUUGAAACUUUUUGUGGACGAAAACCUUGAAUUUUUACUAUAAUUUGUUUGAGUAGAUGAUUCCUAAUGCCUGAGUGAAAGCAAAAAGAAGACAUUGUCCAUGAUGCACUUAAGCAUGUUAUUAUAUGCUGCAUUAAUCCAAUGAUUGGUGUGUGGACAAAUCCUUUAAGUUGUAUUUCUAAACAUGGAUGAUUAUUCUGGUUGUUCAGAUCCAGAUUUUAAAUGGUCUGUGGGACUGAAGGAAUUUGCACACCCUGCCAUUCAGACAUUCUCCGCAGUUGGGAAUGCCGGCCCAACUUUUUUCUUCGCAAUGGCAAUGUUCACUUUUGUGUUUCAGAUUGGUUCUCUUGUCACAGAGAAAGAGCUUAAACUUCGUCAGGUGAAAUUUAUUUGACAUGUCUUUUCUAAAAAAAUUAUUAUUCGUCACCAAAAUCUCUUCGCCAAGAUUCAGGACGUCUAAACUGUGUCGGGUGUUUCAGGCAAUGUCAAUAAUGGGCUUAUAUGAGUCUGCUUACUGGUUAUCUUGGCUAAUCUGGGAGGGCUUUCUCACACUCGUUUCAGCACUGUUCACAGUACUUUUUGGAAUGAUGUUUCAGUUCAACUUUUUCUUGAAAAACAGCUUUGGAGUUCUAUUCUUCACUUUUUUCCUUUUCCAGUUUAGUAUGGUAAGUGAUGGUUCUGCUUGCAUUUUCCAUUUUCACUCGGGGAAAUAACAUGCACCAAUGCCUCAUUACACGUACAAUUUGUGCAGCUUGGAUUUGCAUUCAUGAUAUCCAAUUUCAUUAGCAAGGCAGCUUCUGCUACAAUAGUGGGAUUCUCCAUAUUCAUUGUUGGGUUUUUGACGCAGGUAACCUAACCUUCAUAAACUUUCCCCUCCCAAAUUAAAUAUGGAUUUAUGGUGUUUUCCAUGUUCUUUCUAGCCACUCAAUGCCACUGUUGAUUAUGCUGCAGAUUGUGACCACAUUUGGAUUCCCAUACUCUACGACCUAUGGAAAGGUUUAUCGAGGGAUUUGGUCCUUGUUUCCUCCUAAUCUUUUUGCGGAAGCUCUUGAUUUGCUCGGCGUUGCUACUGCGACUUCCGAAGACGAGGGCAUCAGCUGGAGUAGUCGUGGAGAAUGCCCAAACAAGAAAAUUGACUGUGUUCUCCCCAUUGUAAGUUUUCUUCACAAAACUACAUGCUCUAAUUCGCAGGGAGACGUUUUCUAAAGCAUUACAGUCCAGAAUUAUUCCACAGAGAUUAUAUUGCAUCAUUGAGAACCAUUGCGUUACCAAAUCUUUUUCUGACUUUUUCACAUGGCAGGAGGACAUUCUCAACUGGUUCAUCUCCAUAUUCUUUCUGUGGUUUAUUUUGGCAAUUUAUCUGGACAACGUUAUCCCGAACGCCAAUGGAGUUAGGAAAUCAGCAUUCUACUUUUUGAGACCUUCAUACUGGACAGGGAAGGGCGGGAGCAAGGUUGAAGGUAAGUGAUAGUCGUGGCUGAAAACUGUUCUAGUCAGGGAUUUGACCUGAAGCUUGAGAAUUUUUCUCCUCUCAGAAGGUGGAAUCUGUAGCUGCACGAGCUCCACUCCCACACCGGAUGAUGCUGUCACAGAUGACAACGAUGUUCUUCAAGAGGAAGUUACAGUAAAACAGCAAGCAGCUGAAAUGGGACAACACCCAGAUGUGGCGGUCCAACUGCGGGGCCUCGCCAAGACUUAUCCUGGUUCAACGACUAUCCGCUCCUAUAGAUGGCGCAGGACUCGGCCGUAUCAUGCAGUGAAGGUAAAUAAUCCAUUCUCCUCGUAAGAUUCCAACGUCAUGGGUCACUUCUGGUAUUCAAAUCACUCAGAAGAAGGGUAAGAAGCUUGAUGGUUUCCCUCCUUUCUACAAACACGUUCAGGGUCUCUGGUUGAACCUCGAGCAGGAUCAGCUCUUCUGCCUUCUCGGACCCAACGGUGCAGGGAAGACCACGGCGAUCAACUGUCUGACUGGAAUUACACCAAUCACCGGAGGAGAUGGUAGCUUCUUCUCUCUUCCGAUCAAACUUAUCACUUGUAGUUAAUAUUAUUAUGUAAAGAUAAAAUAUUAAUAUUUAUACCAAAUAUGUUGUGAGGAAAGUAAUAUCAUUUGAUAUUAAGUUACGUAUAUCAACUUUAUAUCGUUCUUUGUUAUUAUUUCAAGUUAUGCUUCUAAUAUUGAUGCCAGUAAGAGGUCUAAAAUUAAUAGAGUUGCAAAUAAACCACUGCAUGCUUCUGGCUUAAAGAGUUCAAGAUGGUGACGAUUAAUGAGCCAAUAACUUCUGACAGCGCUCAUCUAUGGAUAUUCUAUCCGAAGUUCGGUUGGGAUGGCAAACAUUAGGAAGAUGAUAGGUGUUUGUCCCCAGGUACCCUUCCUCUCCCCCUUUUCCGCAACCAUGAAAACCAGGUCAGAUCUUCUUUUGGGUAUCCACUGACAGUCUUCCUCCUGACAGUUUGAUAUAUUGUGGGAUGCUUUAUCGGGGGAAGAACACUUGCGUCUCUUUUCGACUAUCAAGGGCUUGCCCCCAUCAUCAAUCAGCAAGGUAUGAAAUUAACCCAGAAUUAUUCUAUAAAAUAGAUCUUUAUAACAGCUAUAGGAUUAGUAAUCCAAAUAAUUUGCUUUGGUAUUGCAGGUGACUGAAACAUCAUUAGCAGAGGUGAAACUGACCGAGGCGGCCAAAAUGAGAGCCGGGAACUACAGCGGAGGAAUGAAGCGCCGGCUGAGCGUCGCCAUCGCCCUCGUAGCAGAUCCGAAAUUGGUUUUCCUAGACGAACCGGUAAGAAGAUCAUCCAUCAAAUCUUGUUUUAGUAUAUCUCUAAGAAUCAUAUAAAUUGAUUUGAUUAGAAGUAGUAAAUAUGGUAGAUAUAGAUCAGUAAACAAUGAAGAAUGUGCAGACGACAGGCAUGGACCCGAUCACAAGAAGGCACGUGUGGGACAUCAUAGAGAACGCGAAGAAGGGGCGAGCCAUCGUUCUGACGACUCACUCUAUGGAGGAGGCUGACAUUCUCAGCGACCGAAUCGGCAUCAUGGCCAAAGGGAAGCUCCGCUGCCUCGGAACCUCCAUCAGACUGAAGUCAAAGUUUGGCACGGGGUAUAUCGCCAACGUGAGCUUCGUCGAGAGCAACCCUGGAAAAACCCCGAAGCCCGAUGUUGCAGAGACCGCCGUUGAGCCUCAUCUGGAGCCAGUGAAGCAUUUCUUCAAGCAGGUAGAGCACCCUCUCUCUCUCUCUCUCUCUCUCUCUCUCUCUCCCCCAAACGUUUUGGUACAAAGCUGCAAUUCUCAAACGUUUGGUUGGGAUCAACAGCGUCUGGACGUGGUGCCCAAGGAGGAAAGAAAGGCCAUGCUGAGCUUCGUCAUCCCUCGGGAGAAGGAAGGCCUUCUAACGGUGAGUAUAGACUUACUUCUUGCUCUCGAGUCUUCUCCCUUGAAUCGGAAGAAAAGACGUUGACCCCACAACAUUUAUUUAUUUAUUCAUUCAUUCAUUCAUUCAUUUAUUUAUUUACCUGGGACAGGCGUUCUUCUCUGAGCUCCAAGAAAGGGAAGCGGAGUUUGGGAUCGCGGACGUACAGCUCGGCCUCACCACUCUUGAAGAGGUGUUCCUGAACAUCGCGAAGCAAGCAGAGCUGGAGAGUGCUUCGGCGGAGGGAAGCUUAGUCACCUUGAAUCUGCCAUCCGGGACCAUUCAGGUUCGUUCCAUUCUCUCUCUCUUCUCUCUAGCUUGCAUUGGAUUUCUUGCCAUGAGAGGGCAAAAAAAAAAACAAAAGUUGGAAGUUUGCAUAUUAAAUAAUAAUUAAAAUAGAGGAAUCUUAAUUGGGGCAAUUGGAAAAAACAGUCAAAAUCCACCUUUUAAAGAUUUAGGUCCCACGUGAGAAAAAAUAAAAAUAAAAAUAAAAAACUCUGAUUAUCUGAUUUCUUCCCUGAGAUGAUUGUGUACGAACAGCCGUGCAGUUGGAAGAUACAUACCACGACACUUUGGUCUUGCGAUUUAAAUACAGGAAUUUAUCUACAGAAUAGUCCCAUACUAGAAAAAAAAAAACAAUGAGAACACGUGAUUAUUUGACGUCGUUUCAAUUCCUGUACAACUAUUGGGAAUUAGAGGGUUACAGCCAAUGUUUUGCUCCUAGGAUACCUCUCUUGCGAUCAUCGCAGGGGAAUGAUGAUAACUAAAAAUGGAUCGGCCUUUGAUGUUCUUGCAGGUGCCCAAAGGAGCGAGGUUCAUCGGGAUCCCCGGGUCGGAGUCGCCGGAGAACCCCGGCGGGCUCAUGGUGGAGGUCUUCUGGGACCAAGACGAGUCCGGUAACCUCUGCGUCUCCGGCUACUCGACGGAGAUGCCGAUUCCUGCGCAGGCGGCGCAGCCCGCCGUCCGACGCGCUGCCUCUGUGAGGAGGACCCUCUUCGGCGUCGGCGGCGCUCCGUCGGUAGGCUAUAUCAUCGAUCCUGACCAGGUCCUCCAUUCCCCGAACGCCCAGUAG